CCUUCCUAACUUUCAGAUGUGGAAUUAUGGCCUGGAUUUGUAAGGGAAUUAUCUGUGGAUACCUAAAGAGAAGAGGGGAAUAUCAAAUGCAGCAUCAAAGGGCUUUGAAGCUGCCUGGCGGUGAGGACUUCCCAGUAAUUAAAUUCUCCAGGACUGUGGGAGGAUGAUGGGUCUGCUGCACGGCCGGGACGCGGCGGGGCCGAGGAGAGGAUGUGUGAGCUGCACCCCGUCGGAGCAGCGACUCCUCCUGUGAGACAUGGAUAGAUGCAAACAUGUGGGGCGGCUACGACUCGCCCAGGACCACUCGAUCCUGAACCCCCAGAAGUGGCAGUGCGUGGACUGCCACACCACCGAGUCCCUCUGGGCCUGCCUCAAGUGCUCCCACGUGGCCUGCGGGCGCUACAUCGAGGAGCACGCCCUGAGGCACUUCCAGGAGACCCGGCACCCCUUGGCCAUGGAAGUGCACGAGCUCUACGUCUUCUGUUACCUCUGCCAGGAUUAUGUCCUCAAUGACAACCCCGAGGGUGACCUGAAGCUGCUGAGGAGCUCCCUGUCGGCCAUCAAGGGCCAGAGGAACGGGAGGACGCUGCGCUCCAUGGCGCUGGCCGAGGAUGCCUGGAGGAGGAGAAGCCCCCAGGGCCAGUCCCAGAUGCUCACGGCGCUGUGGCACCGGCGCCAGGCGCUGCUGGCGAGGGCUCUGCGCACCUGGUUCCACAAGAGCUCCCGGGGACAGCUGAAACUAAAGGAGAAAAAACAAAUGGAGGAGCUGGAGAAGAAGAAGGAGGCGGCUCGGCAGCGGCGGCGGGAGAUGAAGAGGCAGCUCCUGGAGGAGCUGGCCAGCACUCCCCCCAGGAAGAGCGCCAGGCUGCUGUCCCACGUGCACAGGGAGAGCUUGAUCCCAAGGAAAUUCAGGGAGGUGGCCACAGCUUCCCCUACCUCAAGGCAGGUGCAGAGCAGCAGAUUGAAGCAGUUCUACUCCAUCCGGAGGCAGCCCCUGAUGACGCCCGGGGUGACGGGGCUGAGGAACCUGGGCAACACUUGUUACAUGAACUCCAUCCUGCAGGUGCUCAGCCACCUCCAGAAGUUCAGAGAAUGUUUCUUGACUCUUGAUCUCUGUGAAACAGAAGAACUUUUAGCUAAAACUGUGAAUGGGAGGGCCAGGAUGCCUGGCAAGCUGGCAAAUGGUGCUGCUGCCAACGAGCCGGGGAAGCCUGACAAGGUUCAGAGCUCCGUGGCCGGCUUGAACGGGGGCUCCUCCAUCAGCCGCAGCUUGGAGCUGAUCCAGCCCAAGGAGCCCAGCUCCAAGCACAUCUCCCUGUGCCACGAGCUGCACACCCUGUUCAGGGUGAUGUGGUCUGGCAAGUGGGCCCUGGUGUCUCCCUUUGCCAUGCUGCACUCCGUGUGGAGCCUGAUCCCCGCCUUCCGCGGCUACGACCAGCAGGACGCGCAGGAGUUCCUGUGCGAGCUCCUGGACAAGGUGCAGCAGGAGCUGGAGUCUGAGGGCAGCAGGCGCAGGAUCCUCAUCCCCUUCUCGCAGAGGAAGCUCACCAAGCAGGUCCUCAAGGUGGUCAACACCAUUUUCCAUGGGCAGUUGCUCAGCCAGGUCACCUGCAGGACGUGCAACUACAAAUCCAACACUGUGGAGCCCUUCUGGGACCUGUCCCUGGAGUUCCCAGAGCGGUACCAUGCCCUGGAGAAGGGAAUCCUGCCCGUGCCCCAGGCUGAGUGCCUGCUCACUGAGAUGUUGGCCAAAUUCACCGAGACUGAAGCCCUGGAGGGGAGGAUCUACGCCUGUGACCAGUGCAACAGUAAACGGCGAAAAUCUUCUCCCAAACCUCUUGUUCUGAGUGAAGCUAAAAAGCAGUUGCUGAUCUACAGACUACCUCAGGUCCUCCGGCUGCACCUUAAACGCUUCAGGUGGUCUGAGCGCAAUCACCGCGAGAAGAUCGGGGUCCAUGUCCUCUUUGAGCAGGUAUUAAACAUGGAACCUUACUGCUGCAGGGACUCUCUGCCCUCCCUUGCCACAGAUUCCUGUGUCUAUGACCUCUCAGCUGUGGUGAUGCAUCACGGGAAGGGGUUUGGCUCAGGACACUACACAGCCUAUUGCUACAACACGGAGGGAGGUUUUUGGGUGCACUGCAAUGAUUCCAAACUGAAUGUAUGUAGUGUGGAGGAGGUGUGCAAGACCCAGGCCUACAUCCUCUUCUACACUCAGAGAAUGCUGCAGGACAAAGCAGGAAUCCCAGAAAAACAACUCCAAACUCAGGUGUUUGCCACCCAAAACCAGUGACAAGGACACAAAAGUGACAUUCCCACCAGAGGAAACGCUCCCGGCUGCUUUGGGGAACUUCUGGGGUUCAUCUUGCCCUGAUUUGGGGGGAAACUGCAGGAAAUGGGGUCAGGGCAGGA